AUGCAAUUAUAUAUGGCAGCUGAUUUUCACAUAAGGCUUUCUACCGGCCACGAGAUCUUUUUUGUAUAAUUACAGCGACAGUGAGAUUUAAACCUCUUUCACCAUGGCGAGUGUGGGACAUGAAAGUGACGAGGAUCAGGUAGACGAGAGCGAACCAGUUGUCUGCGAAGAUUUGAAUGCCGAAGGAAGUGACGUUAAACCUAAACUUGAUUUCGCCACAGUUCCCGGAUAUAACAAUGUUCGAUUGGACCAGUCAUUGCUUCCGCCUCCCCCUACGGACUACAUUCCUCCGAAAGACCAGAAACAGCCGGAUUUUAUGAGCGCUCCAGUGAUAUCUGAGGACACUGCCAGACAAGCUCUAUUGGAACACGUGGCUCAACAAUGUUGCUGGGGGAAAGGUGCUGCCGAAAAAAUGACCAUCAAGGAGCUUCAGUCCUCCACGUCGUAUCACUAUAUUCUGGAGACAUAUACAGAAGAAAGGAGUACUAAAUGGGAUUUUGAUCCGUUUCAUGGUCAGCCGGUAGAUGGCCCACAGAAUGGACCUGCUCCCGGUCCCUGGGAUAUUGCGGCAACGUUUAGAGAGGUUUUCAAGAACGAAACACAGCAUCACGAAGUACCCCAUACUGCUUACGUAAAGGACUGUCAUAAAUGCAGCGCCAAAGGUCACGUGAGAUGCGGAAGAUGUCACGGAAGAGGAAGGGUUAAAUGUGGAUCAUGUCGUGGUACCGGCCGGAAGCGAGUCUACCGGAAGGGCAAGCAUGAAGUCAAGCGGUGUUUUAGUUGUUCCGGAAGGGGUAAAAAGAGAUGUACAAGAUGCGGCGGGGACGGUCGUGUCACGUGCCCUGUAUGCAAGGGACACUGCCGGCUAAGAUGGUUUAUAAGACUUAUCAUCAAGUGGGUCAACAACAUUGGUGAGCACAUCGUGGAAAAGACGGAUCUCCCGGACGAGCUGAUCUCGCAGGCCGCGGGUUCCCUUGGAUUCCAGGAUACCCAGCCUCGGGUGAUGCCGAUCGCUAGAUUUCCACAGGCAGAAAUUAACGAGGCCUCCCAUAGACUCCUGAACGGUCAUCAGUUUCCACAGCGAAGAAUUCACAUGCAGCGUCACGUGAUACGCAUGGUGCCGGUGACGCAGUGUUUCUGUGAGCACAAAGGGAAGACUUUGUCCUACUUUGUCUACGGAUUGGAGAGUAAGGUCUACUCCCCCGAAUACCCGGAUCAGUGCUGUUGGGGAUGCACCAUCUUGUAAUGGCGAAUAACUCAGUUAUAAAGUUAUGCGGCAGUAUUCUGGCUUUAAGUUCCUUUUUCUUCGUCAACUCUGUGAUGGCUGUCCUACUUAGGUUGCUUAGGCUGAACUUUGAUAUAAAGGAACACUUACCAAUAUAUGUACUUACAGAUAUUAUCAAAUCAAAUACUGGGUUAUUAGCUUUGAGCAGUUGCUCAGGUGCGUACAGUUCUCAUGUAUAUGUAGAGUGCAUGUUCUUUGUUCAAAGUUGAAACAGUGUAUUAUUUUGUAAAACAUGGGCAAUUCGGUAAGUAAAUGAUUAAUUUAUAACAAUAUUCAAUUGCCUUUUUGAAAUUCUCAAGGAAUUAGUUUAAAUCUCAAUCCUAACUUUUCAAUUUCUAUACUGUAAUAGAUUCAUCAUUUGCUUUUUGUUUUGUUUACGUUGUACGGAUGAGUUGUGCGGCUCUGCUGAAAGUGAAUCAAAGUAUUAAGUUCGUGGUCAAUAUUUACAAAGAAACCCAUCUGAUGUUACUGCAAAUAGUAAUAUUUGUGUUUCCAACGCUUUCUUAAAGAAUAAAAUUUAUUUAAAGAUGAAAAGUUUAAUCAAAUAUAUCAAAGUUAAAUAUCAAAACUGUUUACAUUUUUAAUUCUUGAAUAUGUUUUAAAGCUGUCCUUAUAUGGAUCUAGCUUUUGAAUCAUUAACCAUAUUAGACUUGUGAUCAAAUGAUCGAUUUAUUAUUUUAUAUGAUUAUACAUGUAAUAUUUUUGUUGUUACUGUUAUUUUUUACGAUUUGGUAGAAGUGUCAUUCAAUUGGUAUUUUAACUUUAUCUUUUAUGAAACAAUGCUAGCUGUACACUCAGUAACUGUUUUUGUGUUUACUCUUUGAGUAGCUUACUAGUAUUUGAUCCGUUGAUACUAUUUUUGUGUAUAUACUUCUUUGUUUAUAUAAUUAUGUUGCUAUCUCUCAGGACUUUGAUUGAUAUUAAAGAUUCUUUUUCUUACAAAA